AGAAGCCGCAAGAUGGCGGCGCCCGGCGAGGAGGAUCCGGAGGCGGCGGAACGGGGCUGUGUGUCCCCCGCUGGGCCCCGGCGCGCCCGGCAGCUGCUUCAUAUGAGCGUUCUGUCCCAGAGCCCUUCCCCGUGCGGCCGUUAUUUGGCGGCGGGGAAUAACUACGGCGAAGUGGCGAUUUUCGGGCUGGCGGCCGCGCUGGGGGCCGGGGCUACGGAGGAGAGCAAAAAGCCGCUCUUCUGCUUCCGGGCGCACCGAGGCCCGGUGUACGCCUUGGCCUGUGGGGAACGGCAGCUGCUGAGCGCCAGCGAUGGCGAAGUGAAGGCUUGGAACUGGGCUGACCUGGCCAAGAAGGGCUGCAAGGAGGUGUGGACCAGGAGACCCCCGUGCAGGAGCAGUUUGGAGGUCCCGGAGAUCAACAGCAUUCAGAUCAACCACCGGGAUAACUCGUUGGUGAUGGCAGGGGGGGACGGAGUGGUCAGGGUGAUGGAUCUGGAGAGCGGAGCAUUCACCCAUGAGCUGCGGGGUCACCGUGACUGCGUGCACUGCGUGGCCCUACGGGACCCCCCCCAGUGUCUGUCGGGGGGAGAGGACGGCACCGUGCGUCUGUGGGAUCUCCGGCACGGCUCUCAGGUGCAGCUGAUUGAGGUCCACAAAUACCCGGAGUGCAGCCGCCCCCAACACGGGAAGUGGAUCCGCUGCGUCGCCACCGACUCUGAUUGGAUGGUGAGGAUUUGGG